UCCACCCCUUCUUUCUUCUCUCUUCUCUUUCUCUCUUUCUUUUUUUCCCAUUCCCUUCUUUCACUCCCUCCACCUCUCCCCUCCUUUCCACCUGCGCUCUUCCUGCCUCGCCCUUGUCUAGGUGCGACAACCUAACAAUGGUUGGAAGUACUUUGGCCAUGCGAGCCAACAUGACCCCCCCGUCAAUCAUGCAUUUGUCGUCGCUGUCGCGCAGGUCGCUCUCGACGCGCUCUCCGUGCCAUGCCCUCCGCGCUGCUCGCCCUUUGCGCUCCAGCGGUCUCUCCCAGCAAUCCGUCCAGCGCGUCGCCCGUCGGACUUACGCCGAUGCCGCCCCGACCGCCCCCGCCCCGAAGCCCAAGAAGCGAUUUCGGUUUUUGCGGUGGGCUUGGCGCCUGACGUGGUUGACCGGUUUGGGGAUGACCGGUGCCUUGGUUUAUAGCAUCUACGAGCAACGUCAUCCGAUCGAGCAGUUCGAGCCGGACCCGUCGAAGAAGACCCUGGUGAUUCUGGGUACCGGAUGGGGCUCCGUUUCUCUGCUGAAGAAGCUCGACACGGAAAACUACAAUGUCGUCGUGGUUUCCCCCCGAAACUACUUCCUCUUCACCCCCCUGCUGCCGUCGUGCACGACCGGUCUGAUUGAGCACCGUUCGAUUAUGGAGCCGAUCCGGAACAUCCUUCGCCAGAAAGUCGCCGGCGUGAAGUUCUACGAAGCCGAGGCCACAAAGAUCGACUACGAGAAGCGCGUGGUAUACAUCAGCGACGACUCCGAAAUCAAGGGUGAUAUCUCCCACACCGUGGUUCCCUUCGAUAUGCUUGUCGUGGGUGUUGGUGCCGAGAACGCUACUUUCGGCAUCAAGGGUGUGAAGGAGCACUCCUGCUUCCUGAAGGAAGUCGGCGAUGCGCAGAAGAUCCGCAAGCGUAUCAUGGACUGCGUCGAGACCGCGAUGUUCAAGGAUCAGUCGCCCGAGGAGGUCAAGCGUCUCCUGCACAUGGUGGUCGUCGGUGGUGGCCCGACCGGUGUUGAGUUUGCCGGUGAGCUGCAGGAUUUCUUCGAGGAGGACUUGAAGAAGUGGAUCCCCGAUAUCAAGAAGAACUUCCACGUCACCCUGGUCGAGGCGCUGCCCAACGUGCUCCCCAUGUUCUCCAAGCAGCUCAUUGACUACACCGAGUCGACCUUCAAGGAGGAGGCUAUCAGCAUCCGGGCCAAGACCAUGGUCAAGAACGUCACCGACAAGUACAUUGAGGCUGAGGUCACCAAGCCCGAUGGCUCCCGGGAGUUGGAGACCAUCCCCUACGGUCUGCUGGUCUGGGCUACCGGUAACGCGGUGCGCAACGUCGUUCGCGACCUCAUGAACCAGCUCCCCGCCCAGAAGAACUCGCGUCGCGGUCUGGCCGUCAACGAGUACCUCGUCGUCAACGGCACCGAGAACGUUUGGGCCGUCGGCGAUUGUGCGAUCACCAACUACGCCCCCACCGCCCAGGUUGCCGGCCAAGAAGGUGCUUUCCUGGCGCGCCUGUUCAACACCAUGGCCAAGACGGAGACUCUCGAGAAGGAACUGAAGGGUCUGUCCGACGCCCAGGCCCUGGCCAAGAACGGCGACGAGCGGAACAAGGUCUUUGACGAUAUCCGUGAGCGCCAGCGUCAAUUGCGCCGCAUCAAGCAGAUCGGCCCGUUCCAGUACUCCCACCAGGGCAGUCUGGCCUACAUUGGCAAGGAGCGCGCGGUUGCAGAUAUCAGCUGGCUGAGUGGCAAUAUCGCAAGCGGUGGGACCAUGACCUACCUCUUCUGGCGCAGCGCCUACCUGAGCAUGUGCUUCAGCAACCGCAACCGUGUUUUGGUCGCUGUGGACUGGAUCAAGGCCAAGCUCUUCGGCCGUGACGUGUCUCGCGAGUAAACAUCUCGACCAAUUACCCUCCCUCACUCAACCAUCCUUUUCUCAUAACCCGGGGCACGAGGAAACCAACCUCUCGCUUUGUCCCUCACCCCCCUCACCUUUCCUUGACGCCGUUUCUACGACCAUGUUCUUUUCUUUUUCCAUCUACCCUUCUUGCCCUCAACACCACCCAGGGCUGUCUAAUACCCUGAACUCGUUGAGAUUCUAUGACAGCUACAUCUAGUGUCAUAGCCCCGGAGAGAUCUCGAUGCAUUUAGUUGGCUAAAUCUAGCCCAACAAAUCUAUCGAAACGAGGUUUUCGAAAAGCACUAAUUUCUCUUUUUUUUUUUUAUCCUUUUUUCUUCUCCUUUGUUUUCUUCUCCGUGUAUUGAAUAGAUAGACUGGCGUGGGGUUGAUUGAUUU